CGCCCGCCGCCUGCUGCCGGGCCCAUGGCGAGCACGUCGGCGGAGAUCAUCGCGUUCCUGCUGACCAUCUCGGGAUGGGUGCUGGUCUCCUCCACGCUGCCCACCGACUACUGGAAGGUGUCCACCAUCGAUGGCACGGUCAUCACCACCGCCACCUUUUGGGCCAACCUCUGGAAGACCUGCGUGACCGACUCCACCGGCGUCUCCAACUGCAAGGACUUCCCAUCCAUGCUGGCGCUGGACGGUUACAUCCAAGCUUGCAGAGGAUUGAUGAUCUCCGCUGUCUGCCUGGGCUUCUUUGGUGCCGUUUUUGGACUGGUUGGAAUGAAAUGUACAAAAGUUGGAGGCUCUGAUCAGACUAAAGCAAAAAUAGCUUGCUUAGCUGGACUGAUUUUCAUACUCUCUGGGUUGUGCUCUAUGACUAGUUGUUCCCUGUAUGCAAACAGGAUUACGUCUGAAUUCUUUGACCCUUCUUUUGUUGCACAAAAGUAUGAAUUAGGAGCAGCUUUGUUCAUUGGAUGGGCUGGAGCUUCACUCUGCAUAAUUGGUGGCAUUAUAUUCUGCUUCUCAAUAGCUGAAAACAGUAAUUCUGCAAGGAGGGGGUAUGCCUAUAAUGGAGCCACAUCUGUGAUGUCUUCUCGUACAAAGGUCCACAACAGCGUCCCUGACAAAACCCCACCCAAGCACUUUGACAAGAACGCUUAUGUUUAGUUGCACUGUUGGAAGACUCAAAGUGUUUUUAAACGUGAUUUUGUACGUUUCAUUCAGAGUGAUUCCCCCCACCCCAAGCCCAAUGUACUUACCACUAAGACAAUGACUUUUAAAAAUAUUAACUUGCAGCUUUUUACAUAUUGAUGUAAAUUUUAUUAUAUAUUUUAAGAUUGAUGUUGGUAUUGUAAAGUUUAUACCUGGAAAUCAUGAGCUGAUGUUGCAUUCUUGAAAAGAAAUAAACAAGGUAUUUACUAA